AUGUUGAAUAUUUCUAGAGAUUUGAAAGAUCUCGACAAAUUUCCAAUACCCGGACUCGGUGUUACCUGUCCUGAUGAAUUGAAUCCAUUUGUUUUACAUUGCAACGUAUUGAUCAAUGAUGGACCCUAUCAUGGAAUUAUGAUUCUUUUAAUUCUUCAUAUUCCAGAAGAUUAUCCACUGACAGGUCCUGCUGGAAAUAUAGCACCUGGCUUAGAAUUUGAUUCUAGAUAUCAUGCUCAUAUUCAUGAAGAUCACAGAAAUGGACAUGCUUUGUGUAAUGAUUUACUGACAAAUUAUGCUUCUUAUUUUCGCGUCAUCGAUGGGGGUACUAUUCAAAAAGCCAGUGGUUGGAGUCUUGGAUACACUUUAUCAACUGCACUCCUUCAAAUGGUCACGUUUUUUGCAGAUCCUGAUUUGAAGGCUAAUCCCUCUUCAGAGAGUAUUGCUCAUCUCUACAAUAUGGUGAAAAACUUCACAUGUAAAACAUGCGGUCAUUCUUAUACUAAUCCAAAUCCAGCUAUAGUCGGUUACAAUGAAACAAAGCUAGAUGAACAACAAACAAAAGAAGAAACCAUGUUGUCGAAGGAACAAGAAGAACUAAUAAAAUCAGAACAUCAGCGCUUACGAUUACAGCGUGAAUUAAGAGAAAAAUUAACGUGCGGAGUAACAAAACAAAAUGUUCUAGAAGAUAAUAUUUGUAUCGGUUAUCCAUUAUUGAUUACACGUGAUAGUCGUGGUCGAUUGUGGCCAGAAAUUGUUUUGGAACUCAUCUCUUAUGAUGCAUAUGUUGCUGAAAUACAGAAAUAUGGUGGAGAAAAAUUAGAUUUCUAUGAACAUUUGAAAUUUCGUUCUGUCACAGGAGCAGAUUACAAUCAUUGGUUGCCCUUGUAUAUUAAUACUAAUCAUUUUAGGCAAGGACAAACAAUUAUUCAAAAUAGUAUUAGUGUUAUUCAUAAUGGUGCUGCUCAAGGUAGUGCAAGAUAUGAUUUCAUCCCAUAUAUGGCAUUGAAUGUUUUGACUACUUUAAUGAAUAAAUCAGCUGUUCGAUUAUUUAAUGGGCAAAUGUAUGAAUCCAAACAAGCGAUAGCAGCUUAUUGCCAUUUUUUAUGUUUAUUGAUGCAUUUUAUUGAUAUUUUUCCUGAAUUAGAGAAUAGAAUAAAUAGAACUUUAGAACAGUUCAUAUCAGCAUUAUAUGGUCGUAAUAAAAAAGUAAUACCUGAUAUUGGGGAAUUUUUGAUACAAAUAGCAUUAUCAACAAAAUAUAAAUUCAAAGAUAUUAAAAAUUAUGUCUAUGAAGAAUAUUUUGCUCGACAAAUAUAUUGGAUAGAAAAAAAUAGUAAAAUUUUAAGCUUGUCACAUAUUACAACAAAAGAUUUAUCUGACAUAUUUCAAGCGGUAAAAGUAUCCAAUCAUUUGUUGAUAUUCAAUCUAGAAAUGGCUGAAACAUUCAUUUUUUCGAGUGUUAAAGAACAUUUGGAUCGAUUAUAUGAAUAUCCACCAGCAAUGGUUGUAGAAAAAUUUCAACAACAAUUAAAAGCCAUCAAAGCAAUAGAUCGAUAUAGUGUAUUCAUUCAAACUAUACGAAUGAACGAUAAGAUCAAAUCACCGGAUGAUAUGAUUGAUCUGAUAAAACGUUCCAUACGUAUAUCAAAUCAACAAGGUUAUACCAAUAUAUUAUAG